AUGGAAUCAUCGGCCAAUAAUCAAUUCAUGCUCACACCGACCGCCUCUCAAGGCUUGCAUGAAUUAUUGAACCUCUCGUCUUCCGAAUAUUUAUCUAACAAGAUGGCAAUUAUGAAAACUCCACACUCUUCCCAUGAAACUUCCUCUCUAACUUCUAAUCACACCUUAUUCUAUCAUAUUAUUGAUCAUAUAUUCGGAAUACAAGGCUCUAACAACAACCAUAGCUAUUCAUACUCUCGCUAUAAUCAAAAUCUCACUCAUGGACCUCCACACAGCUUUCCCUUAAUUAUGGGAAGUGAAGAAGGAGCUCCUCUCUCAUGGAGAAGAGUGGGUUGGACUUCCGAAGAUUCAUGCCUCGUACUUGUGAUUGCCCUUGUGUUGUUUUUGCUAAGGUUUGCUCUCAAUAAGAGUCAUCUCAAGCAUUUUCUGUGCAAAUUUUUGAGUGUGAGCUCUCUCUCACGCUUGAAAGCUUCUUCAUCGCCCGAAAUUGGCAUGAGAAAGAUACAACAACGUGUGAUGGAAAAUGUUUGGUUUUCAAUGUACUAUACUGCUUCUGCUCUAUUUGGUAUUUUCGUUCUGAUGGAUGCUCCUUGGUUUUGGGAUUUGUCACACUUGGUUUUGGGAUAUCCGGAGGAGCAAACAGGUUACGAAAUUGCAAGCUUUGCUAGACUCUACUUGUUACUGGGUGCAGCGUUCUAUUUGCAAGCUCUCUUUUCAGUUCUGUUCAUCGAUGAGAAAAUGAAAGACUUUGCCGAAAUGCUCGUUCACCAUAUAGUUACGAUUGUGUUGAUUGUUUGGUGCGUCAUUUCGUAUUAUCAUCGAAUUGGAACUCUUGUAUUGCUGUUGCAUGAUGUCGUGGAUGUAUUUUUAUAUAUCGCCAAGACUUUAAAUUAUCUCAAAUUUGAGAGAACUUGUGAAACAGUAUUUGUAGGAUUUGUUUUGAGCUUUUUUGUACUCAGAUUGGUCUAUUUGCCCUACCUCAUUAUUCAUUCAUUAUUUUACACGUUCAAUAGUUGGGAUUAUCCUCAAAGAUAUUACAUCUUUAGAUAUGUGAGCAAUGUGCAUGACUAUUUUGAAAUUUCAAGUUAUGGAGCUUGUUGUCUCAAAUAUUGCGUGAGUAGUUUUUGGUCCUUAAUUUCUCUGCUGGUAGUGCUUGUGUUGCUACACAUCUUUUGGUUUACGCUCGUGACCAAAAUGAUUAUCAAUAUUGUGAGCGGAAAAGGAAAGCAAGACAUUAGAGAAAAUGAUGAUGAGUGA